AUGGAAGGUUAUAACAAGACUCCAACCAAGCAUUCCACCAAUGUGGACACUGCUCCUUCGGUUGUUCCUGUUCCUACUGUUGUAAGUCGACCAACCCUCGCCUCGACUACCCCAGAAUCCGUGUUGUCAACUACUAUACGAAAUUCGCCUGUUAGGCUUCUCCUUAAUUCCACGGCAACGAUUUCAGAUACGUUAAUAUCUGUUCAACCGCAGUUUGCAAUUUUUCCUUCUGUAAAACUUUCAUCAAGUGAGCAGGUUGCAGACCGGCCCGUUGCCAUUAAUUCUGGUGGAACUGUUCCAAAGAAAACAGAUUUUGACUCGAAUUGUGGUGUGGCCGACACAACCCCUACACAUUUCAGUCCAAUAACGAUUAUUACGCCAAAUAAAAUGUCUUCCUCACCUCAAAUAAUGCCUCUCGUACAGAAUACUGAACUGAAAUCCUUUGCUCGACCUUCCACAUUAAGUAGUGGUGCGUCAUUCUCUACCGUUGUAACUACUGCCAAUGCUAAAAUUCUACCCAUUGCCGUUCCUGUUGACACGGUGCCUCAUCCAUCUCCCAACCUUUUGACCACCCUUCGUCCCAUGAAGAGUGAUUCUGCCAAUAUUUCAUCCCUUUCUUCGGUACAAGUAAGCACUGCAAGUCAAUCUGUACCUGAUCCAAUUGUCAGCUCAACGACGCAAUUUUUAAAAGCCUCCAGUCUUGUCUCCCACUCUUCUGUGCCUGCUGCAUCCGUUGAAGCCAAUCAGCCAACGUCCUUGAUAUCCGUCUCUAAAAGUGGUCAAUCUACUAUUCGUCCAGCGCCGAGGAUUCCCAUAGCGGUCGCUCCAAAUCGCCCAACUAGCACAGGAGUAGCGCUAAGUCGUCCAUCAAUUGGUCGGCAGCCUAUUAUUGCUCCCUUGUCCCCAAUCCAUUCUCCUACUUGUCCUUUAACUCCAAGUCGAAAACGUGCUCGAAAACAGCAACUUUUAGCUCCACAAGGAACAGAAACUCCUGCCACAGCAACGGCUACCGGCGCGUCGUCAGCUGUGGUCAAUAUUGUUGAAAUGGUCACACCGCAGAAUGACGGUGCCGCUAAAUCAUCCAUUCAAAAAGUUAUCACUAGUUCUGUUGUAAAUUCAGCCGCUACAACUGUUCCAACUUCUACUCCUAAUAUCGAGGCUGCUCUGUCAAGCAAUCCUUCCUCAACGCUACCUAUUGUUACUGUGGCUAACUCGAGUUCGCCCGGAUCGGGUCAAGUGCUAAAUCUGCGUUUUCUGCAGGUCCGCACAACUUCUAACAGUGGUCAGUCAGGAAAAGAAGUUGCGCCACAUCUCGAACAAGUUGCUAUAUCACCUGCAACCCCAAUAAUGACGCCUCAGUUCCAUGGUUUGGUAGUCACUUCAUCCUCGAGUACUGCUUCGGAUGAGACGCAGCCUCCUGUGACCUCAGCACCAGCGCCAACUACCACUGCUUCGAUUGCCGCCUCUUUGGUUACCGCGUCUUCCUUUCAUUCAGGCAGUCUUGCCUCUCAACAAUCGAUGUACGUUUUCCCUGCUACGGCUGUGGCGACCCCUCUGCGAACAACUUCGACUGCAACAGCGUCGGUUGGAAAUGUAGUUCAGGUCCGCUUUCGAACUCCCACUCCCACGAAACCUCUUCUCUCUAAUGCAACAGCUCAACAGACCGUACGAACUGUUCUGAGCCAACCGGUGACAAGUAAUACUGUGCAAGGUGGUUUCCAUGUGGCUUUACAGCCCACAUCUCCACCUCUAAGAAAAACUCCCUCGGUUGAUUGGCCCGCUUUAAAACCCAGUACGUCAGCGAAGCAAGCAUUACCAUUUGCUCCUGCAACUGCCACGUCCAAGGAAUGCAUUCAUCAAGUGCCAUCGACCUCAAUCAACACAAUCUCAAAGGCGACUCCGAUGGACAGUUCAGGUCAGCCGACUGUGCCGAUCCUUCGUGUGUCCGAUCCGAACAACAGGAACUGUUUUGAAAGUUUGAGUAAUGCAAAUACAACCACCACAUCCCCAUGCAAACGACCAAGAAAGCAAAGCAAUAGUGGAAGCGUUAUAAAAAAACAAUGUACGUGGGAAUUGCGUACGGAUCCAAUGGACUCGAAUAAAAGUGUUUGGCGAUCCCCUCUGGAACGUGCAGAUCAGCAGUCGCCUUCGCGCUCCUUACAGAACUCUGAAACUGUAAACACGACUUUGAAAAAAGAAGUGGAUAUGGUCGGAACUGCGGAUUCAGUUAUUCAUGGCCGACCUGUGCGAAUGCGUCUGUACAAGCCAUCACACCUGGCUUUACGUUUCAAUGGGCUUUGGAGGGGACCCAAAACCGGUCACUUUCUCAGGUCAUCUGAGAUACGACAACGACCAGAAGGUCCUCAGUCUCCCUCAAUCUCUCAAUUUCGAGCUUCAUCGACUAUUAACAGGCAUUCUCUCGAGCCAGGGCUUCGGCGCCGGCGUCCACGCGAUCAAGUGCAGUAUGAGCAGUUGGAGGUAUUUGAAGUCGACAGUUCCAAAAAUCCAGACUUCUUUGCGCUCUCCGAGCUGCUCGAGUUGCGCAAUCAACAGGCCGAAAUGGGCUUUAUAAAUCAUCCUGUGGACACGACUUCACCACUUGAUUUGAACUGCUGGCGAAUUAUCUUGUGUUUAAAAAAUUGCGAAAAGCUGAUUGGCGUAGAAUAUGAGAAAUUGUCGACGCUUUCCAGGGCAUUUGAUAGAACCUUUCGAAAGCAGUGUGAAUGCUGCAGUGGUCAGGGAACGCAAGGUGGGGAGGCGUCUUCCAUGCGUGAUUUCAUCGAGGAUCAGCAGCAGGAGCUGAUCACUCGUCUCUUCUUGCAGGCCAUCCCUCCUGCCUCCCCUUCCACCUCUGAAUCUCGUGCCGCAGAUCAGGAGGGCAUAGGGAGGAAAAAACGGGCUUAUGAUAAGCCCAUGCAAUGCACUAAGGCUGAAAUGGAUCUCAAAGUAGUUAAAGAACGUACUACGGGCCUACUUCAGAGGAUACGGGCUUUGAUGGAAGGUCUUCGACGAGUGUCUCAAUUGUCGUUCGAUUUGAUCACUGGUCACCGGGAGUCAGUUAUUGCCUUUGUUGAUGACCUUGAAUUUCUCCAGCAGAAUGGCAGUGCUCGUUCCUCCACUCCUUCCUCUUCUCGCUCCCUCCACCACCGGCAGGACGAGGGCAGCAGUAACAGCGCCGUUGGCAGCAGCAGCAGCAGCAGCAGCAGUGACACAGAGGAUGAAGUCGAAACUAGUGAAGUGAGGAUGCGGACGAAACCCCUAGGUUCCGCCUCAUCAUCGCGUCUAGCCCUGCCCCCUACUGCUAGUUGUGGUCGGCGACGAUCAGCCUCCCCCAUGGCAAUAAAGAGCUCCUCGCCUGUUCGCACUACCUUCCAUAACAGCCGGCGGAGUUUGUUGGGUCACGCUGGCAAUCCUUCGGUCUCGCAUCUCCUCGUGGUAAAUCGGCUCUUUCGUGCGCGAAAUUUCUUAUCGAACGGCCUUAGACCAACAGUAGACAUGAGUCCACCAAGUCGAUAA